CUUCUAAUGCGAGUUCGUUUCCCACAGCAACUAAUUUUUCAUUCCGGGUUGAGCAGUAAAAAUGGCAAAUAGGACUGUUAAAGAUGCAAACAGUAUACAUGGAACAAAUCCACAAUACUUGGUAGAGAAAAUUAUUCGUACUCGAAUUUAUGAAUCAAAAUAUUGGAAAGAAGAAUGCUUUGGACUGACUGCCGAACUUGUCGUUGACAAAGCCAUGGCGUUGAAGUUUGUUGGAGGAGUCUAUGGAGGAAAUAUCAAACCUACACCGUUUCUGUGUCUCACUCUGAAGAUGCUACAGAUUCAGCCAGAAAAAGACAUCAUUGUAGAAUUCAUCAAGAACGAGGAUUUCAAGUAUGUCCGCUUGCUAGGAGCAAUGUACAUGAGGUUGACUGGGACAUCAGUGGAUUGCUACAAAUACCUGGAACCACUGUACAAUGACUACCGAAAAAUCAAGAGCCAGAACAGAAAUGGAGAGUUUGAGCUGCAACAUGUAGAUGAGUUCAUUGAUGAACUGCUACACUCUGAGAGAAUGUGUGACAUCAUCCUUCCCAGGCUUCAGAAAAGGCAGGUCCUUGAGGAGGCGGAGUUGUUAGACACACGCAUCAGCGCCCUAGAAGAGGACCUGGAUGAAGUGGAGACCAGUGACGAGGAAGACGAGGAAGAGGAGAAGCCAGAGAGAGUUCAGACCCCGGAGCCCCACAGACGGAGUUACCGGGACAACGACCGCCCUCGCCGUUCGCCCUCUCCACGCUACAGACGCAGCCGUUCACCCAGACGGAGGAGCAGAUCACCCAAGAGACGAAGCCCAUCCCCCAGACGAGAGCGCCACCGCAGCAAAAGUCCCCGUCGCCACCGCAGCCGCUCCCGAGAGAGACGUCACCGCUCAAAGUCCCCAGGCCAUCACAGAAGCCACAGGCAUCGCAGUCACUCCAAAUCCCCAGAGAGGAGUUCAAAAAAGAGCCACAAGAAGAGUCGAAGAGGGAACGAGUGACCCAUUUUUGUAUUUUGUUCUCUUGGACAUUUCCUCUUUUUGACUUGGAAGUUAAUGUGGCAAAAUGUUUACGUCUGUGUAUAGAAUCACUGGUAUUUUAUAUUUAAUUUUGGAAACUGAUUGCAUUUUUUUGAUAUUUUCAGACCAUGUUGCAGUAAAAAUCUAUCCAAUGUUUUUCUAAAAUCUGCAGCUCGUAUGGAGCUGUCCACAACCCUAUACAUCAGUGGGAAAAGUUUCUCAAUGUUUUAAACAUAAGGACCUUUUGUUGCGUGAUCCGGUGUGAUUGUGGCAACACUGGCUAAUCAGUAAGGGUAUGUCUAGAAAAUAGAACUCAACUCGUAGACCGGGCAAAACUGACCCGACAUCAGAAGGGAAAUAAGCUGUGGGACGUCAAUAAGGGUUUCCACUUCUCUAGGCCAACUGCUUUCUUUCAGGAAGUUCCCAGAAGGCAUCCAACAUAUUUAUCUACUCUGAUAGUAUGUCAUCUGUUUAGACCAGGGGUGUCAAACUCAUUCCACGGAGGGCCUAGUGUCUGCAGGUUUUUGGUUUUUCCUUUCAAUAAAGCCCUAGACAACCAGGUGU